AUGGGCGAAGAUGACCAAGACAGAUCGUCUGAAGUUAGCAGCCAAGGAGUUGGAAUUGGUGAUCCCGGAGACCCAGAACCUCUACCUGCUUCACGUCCCUCCAAUCCUCUCCUGCCACCACCCCUGACACCAUCUCCAUCCUCAGCACCUCCACGCCAUCUCCAGCUGCUAGCAGCUCCGAUGAUACCAAAAAUCGAGGAUAUGGCAAUUGGCUCUUGCUCUUUGCGAAAAACUUUUUUCGCGGACAAGGAAUCCGAUCAAAAUGGAUUUAUUGUGGUGCCACACGGGCUCAAAGUGGUUUGCUACUAUGUGCCAGAAGGAAUCUUGAUUAAUUAA